CAAGGUUUUCGUACGUCAGUCAUCCUCUUCACAGAAGUUGACAUGAAAUCUUCUUCUCGUUGGAGUACUUUUUGUAGGAUCAGGUCCAUUGUAAAUUUAAUUGACAUUUUUUGAAAUGGUUAAGCAAUGAAUGAAGAAUUUGCAGAUGACCUGGGCAUCUACUUUAAUGACGAGGAGGACAUUUAUUUCGAAGAAGUUUUGAAGAAUACACGUGGAAAUGAUGAUGAAUUUGGUGAAUUGAAAUGUACCUUCAGCAAUCUGAGAGAGCCUGAAUCUGCAGAAGAGGAUUCUGUGGAGUCUUAUCAUUUCAAACCAGUUGCUAGUAACUCCAACAGUGAAAAUAAUGG